AAACGUUAGAGAGCAAUGGCGGCGUGCCGGGGGUCUUCGUCGAAGUGGUUUUUCACCCGGGAGCAGCUCGAAAACACGCCGUCCCGCCGAUUUGGAGUUGAACCAGAUCGGGAGCUCUCCUACCGACAGCAAGCGGCGAAUCUGAUUCAAGAUAUGGGCCAGAGACUCAACGUCUCUCAAUUAACAAUAAAUACAGCCAUUGUUUACAUGCAUAGAUUUUAUAUGCACCACUCUUUCACCAAAUUCCAUAGAAAUAUAAUUUCUCCAACCACCUUAUUCUUGGCCGCAAAAGUGGAAGAGCAACCUCGGAAACUCGAACAUGUGAUCAAAGUUGCACAUGCUUGCCUAAAUCCCCAAGAACCACCUCUAGACACAAAAAGUAAUGCAUACCUCCAGCAAGCUCAAGAGCUGGUGAUACUUGAAUCCAUAGUGCUGCAGACCCUGGGCUUUGAAAUUACUAUUGAUCACCCACACACUGAUGUGGUGAAAUGUUCCCAGCUAGUGCGAGCAAGCAAGGAUCUGGCACAGACUUCCUAUUUCAUGGCUACCAACAGUCUACACCUCACUACCUUCUGCCUCCAGUACAAGCCCACGGUGAUUGCCUGUGUGUGCAUCCACCUAGCAUGUAAGUGGUCCAACUGGGAGAUCCCAGUUUCCACUGACGGGAAACACUGGUGGGAGUACGUGGACAGCUCUGUCACUCUCGAGCUGCUUGAUGAGUUGACUCAUGAGUUUCUGCAGAUUCUGGAGAAGACGCCCAGCCGGUUAAAGAGGAUACGCAACUGGAGGGCAACACAAGCUGCCAAAAAGCCCAAGAGCGAGAGCACCCAGUUGAUGGACAACUCCUUUGCUGGGCCUUCUGUGCUCCAAGACCAAGGUGAUGCUUCACUUCCUGGAGUCUCCUCCUCCAACCCAAAUUUUUCCAAAGCAGGCGCUGCCUUCACCGUUCCCAUGCCUGGCCAGUCCGUAGAUGCACCCCUGUCUUUGGACACCAUGGCUGGUACAUAUAAUCCUGCUAGCCACAGUGAGUGGCCCCAGGGCAAACAGAGCCAAGCAGGGUACCCUUCCACCUGUUUAAAACAGGAGCCUCUCAGUAUCCCUCUCCAAGAACAGACACUGUCCUUGCAGACCACCGCUUCCUCUUUGCUUCAGCAUCCACCAGUAUAUAGGACUGAGAAAACAAUAGACUUCAACCCCGUCAAACAGGAACAAAAAGGAGCUGGUGGGGGUGGAGCGGGCAAGCAUCAGCCACCACCUCAGUCCACAUACCCUCCACCAGUUCAGCCCGCUCCACCACAACCUUCUCCAGCUCAGAAGCUGUCUCUGGACAAAUACAGAGAGAAACAUGCUGCAGAGCUGGCCGUCUCUGGGCAGAAACGCCGGCAGGAGCAGCAUGGAGGAGUAAUGGAUUGUGAUGUGAGGGGAGAAAUGUCGUCUUCCUCCACUUCUAGCUAUGCACCAUCAUCUAUGAGCCAAGUAGACCACAGAAAACAUUCACAGUCCCACCAAACUUCCCAUGGUAGUGGUGGCAGCAGUGCUGCCUCCCCAAUGAAAAUUAAAGUUCCUUCCUCCUCAACUUCAGGGCAAGACAGACGUCAUCACAGUGACAAGCGGGACAAAGGCUCACUUAAACUCCGCCUGGCUGUUCCUGGUUCUGGCAGCAGCUCCCAGUUGGAUAAAAGCGGCCAGCCCAGUAAAGAUGAGCUUAAGAUGAAGAUAAAAGUUUCGUCAUCAGAGUGCCACAGCUCAUCAGACGAAGGCAUGGCAGCCAACAACAACAAGAAUAAACAUUCCAGCCCACUGGUGAGCAAGGAGAAACACCGUGGAGCGGAGCACAACCUCCAUCGCCAUCACAAGCACAGUCACCCUCACACACACAGUGGCAAUGGGCGAGGAGGCCCCGAGGGUUCAGGUGGUGGGGGAGGCCUGCCACGGGGUACCCCAGGACUGGUAAGCAUGGAAGGGACGGCACUUGCUCCUCCCGGAUCCACCUCUUUGUCUUCAUCCACAUCGCGCAAGAGGGCGUACCCAGAGGUCAGCCACAACCACCACCCUCCCUCCUCAUCCUCCACUUCUUGCUCCAAAGUGAGCAAAAUCUCCAAGGGUGGCACUGGUGCUGCAGGUACUUCAUCUUUUUCUUCCCCCCUUUUUCCCCCUCGCUCCUCUCCUGUACUGCAGUGUGUCUCAUCUAGCUUGCAGCUCUUUGGCUAACCUCCCUCACUCCUCCUCCUCUUCCUUAUUCUUGUUUCUCCUCCUCCCCUCCUGUCACACCCAGGUGGGCUGCGGACCUCUCAGCAGUACCCUCCUCCUAGUGAAUCGCCACAUGAAGUGGGAGAGCAGAGACACUGAGUCCGCCACUCUGCAGCUGUGGCCAGCACAUGGAAAUGGCAUCAGACUACCCACAGUUGAGACUUUGAAGACUAUGCUCACCUCCUUGUCAAGUGCCCUAGAAAAAUAACUUUCUGUGAUGACAAACCCUUUACUGAAAGGCAGAAAAACGUAUCUCCAAAAAAAAGAAAAAAAAAUAUGAAAAGUAUUGUUGGACUUCUCAGUUUCUGAGAGGAAAGAAAGAAUGAAAAAUGAUGCUUCCUGACUGUCACAUCUCUGGGCUGUGAUGCUCAGUCCUGUUUUUCUGUUAGUGUGUUGAAUUGCUGCUUGGUUCUCCUUCCUCCUCAAAUUCAUCUAGGAAUGUGCAAAGGCUGGGUGGAUGCAAGUGUAGUGGGGAGGGGUUGAGUGUGUGUUUUUCACGGGGGGGGGGGGGGGGGGGUCCUUCCCUACAUUUUAGAUCAUCAUACGGGGAAACAAAAGUAUUACAAGUACUAUAAGUAAUUUAAUUGAAUCACAUUUCUGCAGUUGUGUGGAGGAAGCCAGUGGCCAGCUGGAGAUGAGUUCAAGUUAUGUUUGCUGGCAUUCCAUUUAGUACUGUUGAUGGAUGCAAUUUUUUUUUAGGUGUAAAGUUUCAUCUCCUCAAUUACUUUCUUGUCUCGAUUUCUUUUUAUACUUAAGUACUGUGCAUAUGAUUUGCAUGUUUCAAUCAUCAAAGGGAUUUAAAAGGAGAGCACUUACUGUUUACAGGAAGUGGAGAUAAAUGUACAUACAUUUUUGUAUGUUUAAAGAAAAAAAAAGCUAUACCAUGACUACUCAGGUUUGGAGCUGCUUGUAAGUAUAACAAGAUAACUAUAAUACCUAUAAAAGACUUAUUAUUUUGUUGAUGUGCCGUUUGGGCAUCAUCAGGUGAAUGAUUGCAGCAUUCCAGUGGUGUGUGCUUCUCACAGCCUUUCUACGGAGGGUGCUGUACUGUGCUUUUCCAUCACAGGAAGUAUCUAUUGAUGCCCUUGACAACACAGGCACAUUCAACACCUAUGAAUCACAUCAGGAGCGAUGCAAUUUGUACCAAAAAUUAUUGUUAUUAUUUUUUUUUUUUGGACCUCAAAGUAGACCUUAAGCUUGAUGCCAAAGGUUUUGCCUCAAAAAGAAAAAAAAAAAAAACGACAAGGACAGUAGUAGUGUGCUAUUAAAAUUUACUUAACGGUUUUUAUUUUGAAGUGCAUCUGACAUAAUUUCAUGACAUGAAGUUGUAGCCCUUUAGAUGUCAGCCAUAAAAGGGAUAAGUGUAUUAUUCAAUCAACCAUUAACAGGGUACUUAUUCAGGAGGAAAAAAACACUUGUUGGUUCUUUCCAGUCUAGCAACAGUUGUCUGAACAGUGACUAAUUGGCCAUAUGCAAGAUGACCUGCUGGAUAUGUCGGAAACCUCAAGUAUCUACAAAGUGGGUGUGCUUGAUAGUUUUUUGUCACUGACAUCCUCAUCCAAUUGGUUGAAUUCAUAUUUACAGUCACGUUCCUGUCCAGACACGUCUUUACAUCAGCUUCACACAUUAAACUCUAUUGUUCUAAAACCUU